AUGGAUCACCAGAAUAAGAGUACUAUCCGAGGAUUCAUUUUGCUUGGAUUUCCAACCAGCAUGGAACUACAAAUACUUCUAUUUGUGAUUUUUCUUACAGCCUACAAUCUGACUCUUUUUGAAAAUAUUGUUAUCAUUAUUGCUAUCAAAAUCACACCUCAGCUUAACAAACCCAUGUAUUUUUUUCUUAGCAACCUCUCUUUUUUAGAGACAUGGUAUAUCUGUGUUAUUGUCCCAAAGUUAUUAAUUAAUUUCCUUGUGCAAGACACAUUUAUCUCAUUUGAAGGGUGCAUGACACAACUCUACUUUUUCAGCUCCCUCAUAUGUACUGAGUGUAUCCUCCUUGCAGUAAUGGCAUUUGACCGAUAUGUAGCUAUCUGUAAUCCUCUUCAUUAUUCAACCAUUAUGACCCAGCACCUUUGCAUGAUAUUAGCUGUGAGUUCAUGGCUAAUUGGUUUCUUGGCUUCAAUGUUAAAAGUCAUCUUCAUAUCACAGCUUCCCUUUUGUGGUCCCAAUAUAAUCAACCAUUUCUUCUGUGAUAUUUCACCAUUGUUAAAUAUGGCAUGUGAAGAUAUGACAGUUGCUGAAAUAGUGGACUUUGUCUUGGCCUUGAUCAUUUUGUUGGUUCCACUCUCAGUUACCAUUAUUUCAUAUGUCUGCAUUAUUUCUACUAUAUUGACCAUUCCUUCUCUACAGGGCCAAAAGAAAGCCUUCUCCACUUGUGCUGCUCACCUCAGUGUGGUUGUCAUCUUCUUUUCAGCAACCCUCUUCAUGUAUGCUCGCCCAAAGAGAAUCCACCCAUUUGAUCUUAACAAACUAGUUUCUGUUGUAUAUACCAUUGUCACCCCAAUGCUGAAUCCAUUCAUUUAUUGUCUGAGAAACCAAGAGGUUAAGGGAGCACUAAAUAAAGUUUUUGGUGGCAUGAAAUCCAAAAUACUGAAUGCCAGUCCCUGA